AUGCUCGGUAUCGGUGGCCGGCUAUCUGCGAUCAUUCCCAUCAUCGCUUCGGCUGUCGCCCUCGCACUCUCCAUCGUCUUGUUGGCAGCUGGAACUAGCACAGGCAAUGCAGGCAACAAUUACUACUUAUCGCUAAACACGUCGAAAGUUGGCCAAAACAUAAUCAAAAUCGAGGCGGCAAACAACACCAAUGGAAAUGGUAACGGAGGUGGCGGUCUGCUCAACGGCAUUCCCGGAGACCCAACGGGCAUAUCUCAGGGCAUUGGUAAUGCCUUGGGCGGGCUACUCGGGAAUCUCACCAACGCCAUCGGCGAUGGCGUACAAGAUGUUCAGGGCCAACUUAUUGGAAACCUGACCCAGAUUCUCGGUGUCAAAGAUAACUACCGCCUCUAUUUGACAAAAAUGUGCGAAGCCACCUACGCCGACGAAAACAACCCCAACAGCAAGGUCACUGUCAACAACUGCGAGAGCUACGAUGACAAGGGUGCCGGCCUGAGAAACAUCACCGAUUCCAUCCCGUCUUACUUCGUCGUCGGCACUGCCAACGUUUCUGUCCCGCUCGUUGCUGCGAUGGCCGGAACCUUCGAUCAAGUCGUCAACCUAGCCAGCGGCGGCGCAAAGGCCAUGACCGCUCUCCUUGCAAUCGGCACCGCAUGCACAGGUAUUGUCCUCUUGGCAACUUUGCCCAUCCUCUUAUUUGGAUUUCUCCGCAUCCUCGUUCUCGUAUCACUCGUCUUCUCCUUACUCGGCGCUCUCGUUCUCCCCGCGUUCGCUGCGGUCACAACCGGCAUCAUUUACGGCGGCAAGAGCAUGCUGAACCAAUCCAUGAAAGCGUUUGGCAUGCAGAUCCAGACAGGUGGGCCUUUUGUCGCCAUGGCUUGGGUCGCGGCUGUGGCUUCGAUGGCUGCCUCCACGUACUGGUUCUUGGUCUGGUUCGUCAGCUUCAGACGCACGGCGUUCAGCAGGCGCAAGCGUACUGAGAGCGAGAUCGGCAACUGGAGAGGUAUCUUCCGGGAAGUGAAGGGCGAUUUGCGAACGUGGGAGGGAGGCGAGAAAUAA